CUGGUGUGCCAGUAAAGAUUGAUGUACCAGAAUCUUCAGAGAAAUCGUUGAAUGCCACUACUAACCAGGAGGGGGCAGUGUAUCCUGUGUUUAAUAUUCCCAAUGUGUAUUGGAUUACUGUUAAAGUUUCGGCAGAUGGCCUUCAGGAAUGGAAAAGAAUUCGUCCUCCUUCACCUUGAAAUCGCAGCUACCUUUACCUGAGUAUUACCAACAAGAUGUACUCUGUGGGCGAGUUCCUAACUGUGAAUUAUAACACCAUAAAUGGCCAAAAACAUGGGUUUAUAUACUACAUGGUCUUAAGCCGUGGGAUCCUAAUAAAACAUAGACAAUAUACAGAUAACGCCUGAUAUGGUGCCAUCAUUCCGUCUGAUUGGCUACUACUACAACCAGCAUGGUAACAUCAUUGCUGACUCGGUGUGGGUAGAUGUCAGGGAUGAAUGUGAGAUAAAGGUCAAGGUAGAACAUAAAGGACAAUUUGAACCUGGGAAACAGGCUUCGCUAAACUUUGAUUUACAUGGUCAGAAAGCCAGAGUGGCUUUGCUGGCUGUGGAUAAGGCCUUCUAUGCUCUCCAUGCCGAUAAUAAACUCACAGCCAAACAGGUGUUUUCCUCUAUGCAGCCAAGUGACAUUGGUUGCUCAUACAGUGGAGGAUAUAAUCCUGCAUCUAUACUAACAGGGGCUGGCCUGUCUUUUGUAUCUCACUUCCAGUCAAUGUGGAGAAACAAAACUAAACUUACCAAAAAGUUACCACCACUAGAGGUCUUGGCUGUGAUUCACAAUCUGGCCGACAAAGACGCUCUUUGGACCUUCAACAGGAAAUGAUGACCUUAAAAUCUAACUUUUACAAUGAAAAGUUGCAAGACUUUUGUAUU